AUGGAAGCGGCGGCUUCGGCAGUAUCGACGGGGCCGACGUGGAGCCGAGCGGUGCGUCCGACGAUCUGGGAGGCGGCCCAGCCUCGGAAUCCGAUCCAGCUGGUGGAGAAUCAUAUCCCGCAUCAAAUCCUAGAAGUGGAGGAGAACCAAACGGCAUCUGGAGCGGGUGUUCAAGCCGACGUCCCUGCUGUAGCGGCUGUAGCGCCGGCUGUAGCGUCUCCCCUUCGCGGCACUCCCCAAGGAGAAGCUACUUCCCCAUCCAACUCGCGCGCUACAGGUGUGACAAGCUCCUCAUGCACAAGGGAAGCAGACGUUACAUCCGCCUCUGCUGCUCCCGCGGCCUCUGGUGCUACAACCGAUGCAGGCGCUACAUCCGCCCCUCUUGCUACAGCCGCCACUGCUGCUACAGCCGCACCUCAUGCUACAGCCGCAGUGGUGUCACAUGCUGACUUCAUCAUUCGUGCUGUAGCGCCGUCCGCUGGCGUCGCCCUCUGGGACGCGCUCAGGCGCGCUACAGACGCUGCUGCCACGGCUGUAGUCUCCCUGCACACGUGGCAAGCGGAGGACUGCGCUGACGUGGUCGAGGCCUGCAGCAGAGAGUUCUGGGCGGCGGUUACGGCGGAUGAUGCAGGAGAAGAAGAGGAUUGGAUCCUGGCCGUUGAUUCUCUCGGAUUAUGGUGGCUCUUCGGGCACCUGGACACCAACAUCGGCGACAACGUGGGGUCAGGAUCAACCUGCGCCCAACCUGGGCUGACUUCACCAGAAGAAGAAUACUCCGACUUAACUUUGAACAAGGAAUCUCAACUGGAGAAUCCAGGCGAAGGUGUUAAUGAGGGUGUGAUUGUGGCUGAAGCAGCUGGGGCUGAGCAGUUGGAGCAGCUAGAACAGCGGGGACAGCAGGAUGGCUGCACUUCUGACACGCACAGACAAGAGCGACCCGAAGGGUGCUAUGCUGUGCGUGUGUUUGUGUCCGAGUUUGAGGCCCGGGCGCCUUUCCUGCACUUCUCUCUCUCGGAACAUGCCGCCCGGGUCGCCGCCUCGCCCAAUGCGGGAGGCGCUUCCGUCAUUUCCGAGUCGCUUUCUGUGGAGUAUUUCGUGCGUCAUUUUGGUGCAACUGACAUUAUUUCAGAGAUGGAGAUCAAGUACUGCGACAGCAACUGGAAGAAGGUGGAUUACAUCUGCAGCUUGUUUGGGCAGCGCUUUGGAGUGUCGGUCACUCGAGCCAUGAUGUACCCCGACCCUGCUCUCUUCGACAGCCACCGUGCUCGUGCCCUGCUCAGGAAGAAGCUGCACGGGCUGGUGGUGGCAUGGUCGGGCAUCUCUCCCAUGCACUGCUUCUCUCGAGCCAUUCUCCACGUAUGGUGUGAAACCUCACAUAUAGCCAACCUUCUGCAAGACGCAUUUCCAGAGGUUUCAAGCUCCUUGGAUAUGCAAGAAGACGUGCUGAUGGUGCUGACUGUUGCCGAAGGCCAUCAAGGCUGGCCUAUCUUCUAUGAGUCCUUGCAUUCCUGCCAAUCCCGUGUCGGCUCUGUCGGAUUUUUCGCUCCUGUCGGUUCUGUUUGGAAGUUCCAACCUCCGGUCGCCGCGGCUCCGAACCGUGCUGACCGGCCUGGGCGGGACCACCCGCAUCGCACCAGUACAGGUGGAACGGCGGCAGCGGCGGGAAUGGCUCCUUUCGCAGCGGAGUUCGGCGCGCCGUCGCACGAUUUCGUCGUGCGAACUCUGUCGCCGCGUUCCCCUUCGUGCCGAGUGACUCUUAGAGAGGCGCUUCAGCGCGAGGGGGCGGCGGGUGCGCUGGUUGCGGGGGAACGACAUGUGAGCAAUAGCUGGAUGACAGACGAUUUAUUGACGGGAAUUGACGAUGACCCUUCUACUAUUUCUUCCCCCGCCUCAGCCUCCUCUUUCGCAUCCGAACCGUCAGUCCCGACUAGGGGUAAAGGAGUGGGGGACAGAGAGUGGGAAGGGGGCGGGAAAUUGACUGUACAGGAUGGUCGUGUAUAUAAAGAGAUUGUAGACGAGAUUAGACUAGGCGAAGGGAGUGUACAGGCAGAGGCGGUUUUCCUGAGUGAGUUCGAAGCGCGGGCCCCGUUUGUCGACUUCACUCUAUCGGAAGACGCUGUCAGGGUUGCUUCCUCCCCAAAUGCUGGAGGCGCGUCCGUCAUUUCCGAGUCCCUUUCAGUGGAGUACUUUGUGCGCCAUUUCGGUGCAUCUGACAUAAUUUCAGAGAUGGAGGUACAGUACUGCGACAGCAACUGGAAGAAGGUGGAUUACAUCUGCAGCUUGUUUGGGCAGCGCUUUGGAGUGUCGGUCACUCGAGCCAUGAUGUACCCCGACCCUGGUCGAUUUGACUACGACCACGCAAAGGCCCUUCUCAGAAAGAAGCUGCAUGGGCUGGUGGUGGCAUGGUCAGGCGUAUCGCCCAUGCACUGCUUCUCUCGAGCUAUCCUUCACAUCUGGUGUGAGACCCCGCACAUCGCCAACCUCCUACACCAGGCCUUCCCAUCUGUGUGCAGAGAGCUUGACCUUCAAGAGGACACGAAGCUGCCCUCUGCACUUGGGUCCAUAUGGGGAAAAAACACAGAUGUAGGUGAGGAUCUAUCACAUGGCUCUACAUAA